ACAAAUACAGAAAUAGAUGAAAAAUACCAGGAGCUGUUUGAAGUAUUAAGUAAAUAUUAUGAAAGAAAAAAUUUUAUCGUUUAUGCUGAAUUGAUUAAGCAUUAUGCUACUCAAGAAGAUUCAUUUGAUGAGUAUAAAUAUGUGUUAAAAUAUUCUGAAAACCUUUCAAAAGAAGCUUUAACAAUUAGCAAGUUCUUUGAUAGAGAUAAAACUUCUCCGAAUGAUUUAAUUUUAUCAGGAAUAAUAUUCAAUGAUGAAAUUCAAGACAAACAAGAAGCAAUAUACAAAGCACUGAAAGAUGAAAAUUUAUGGGAUUCAUUUUGCUUGCCAAAGAAAGAUAUUUGGAAUGAUAGUCAAUACGAAAAGCAAGAUAGAUCAAUAACUGAAUCAACAUUCUCCUGUCAUUAUAUCAUUCAUCUUGUUGAGUUUUUGCAAGGAUAUACCGAGCAUACUUUUCAAACUGCUUGGAAUAGCGCUGAAAGUGUUGCAACAAAAUGUCGAAAUAAUCAGGAUGGCCCUAGACGAUGUCCAGAUAACUUUUGGUUUUUGACAAGCCAAAAAAUAAAAAAUUUACGAUAUGAAUUUUUUUAUCUCGAAGUAUCAGGUGGCCCUUUUGUAAAUCUUGGAAAUAUUAAUGUAAAAAACCACAUUCUUGAAAAUCGAAGAAGAAUUGGAAAAUUCUGCAAAGAUUCAUGGGAUUACAUUUAUAAUAAUUGCAAGAAUCAAACUAAGUCAAAUUUAAUUCUAUCUAUUUUGAAAAGACUAAAAUUAUUCGCCCUUCAUAUAUAUGGUACUACUUUAGUGGUUUACAUAAUUGAACGGAAGUUCGAUCCAUUAUUUCACAUGAAAGAACUAGUAAAAAUUGCUCUGCCAGUCCACAAACCUAAUGAAAAUGAAUUCGUUACAUUUAUGGAAAAAUUAAUUACGGUUAGUGACUUAUUUAAACAGAGUUUGAAUGAUAUAUUAAUUAUUGAAGAUUUGCUUUGUAAAGAUGAAGAUAAAGAAUAUGAUAGUCAUAGUAGCGAUGAGGAUACAGAUUUAAAUAUAUUAUUUACUGAAAACACGUUAAAGUUUUAA